GGCAGCGCAUACACAGCCGACGUGCCACAAGGAAGAGACGACGAGGACGGUAGAGCCCCCGCGUCUGAGGCUCUCCGCGGAAAGAGGGUGGUGGUUUACAGGAAAGCUCGACCGGUUUCCUCCAUGUUUUGGAUACUUGCAUUCGCGAGUGCACAGCCUCGGACAGGAGCCCUCGCGCCGUCUAUGCCCGCAGCACCAUGAUGAAGAAGGACGUUCGUCUCAACCUGGACACGCAGAGCUCCGAGCUCAAGGCCACUCCGCUGCGCGACGCCGACGUGCUGCUCAACUCGCAGGACUUGGGGCUUCUCAAGCUGGCUUCCCCCGACCUGGAGCGCCUCAUCAUCCAGUCCAACGGGCUGGUGGGCGCCGCCAACCCGGCGCCCCAUUUCCUCUACCCGAAGUCGGCCAGCGACGAGCAGGAGUUCGCGGAAGGCUUCGUCAAGGCUCUGGAGGAUCUGCACAAGCAGAACCAGCUGAGCGAGGCGGGCUGCGUGUCUGUGGACAGACUGGAGCUCCUCGGCGCCGCCAACGCGGUGGCCUCGUCCGGGCUCCAGACGUCGGAUCUGCCCGUGUACACCACGCUGAACGGCUACGCCGCCAGCCCGCUGCACGGCGGCACCACCAUCAACUACUCCACCGACACCAUCCCCUUCCCCCCGCCUCCGUCCCACCUCACUCCGCAGCAGCAGCAGCAGCAGGCGGCGGCGGCGCUCUCCCGGCUGCAGUCCGCCGGCGGGGCCGUGAAGGACGAACCCCAGACGGUUCCGGACAUGCAGAGCCUCGGGGACAGCCCGCCUCUCUCCCCGAUUGACAUGGACAACCAGGAGCGCAUUAAGGCGGAGAGAAAAAAGCUGCGCAACCGGAUAGCUGCCUCCAAGUGCCGCAAGCGGAAACUGGAGCGGAUCUCUCGGCUGGAGGACAAAGUGAAGAGCCUGAAGACGCAGAACACCGAGCUGGCGUCCACGGCCAGCGUGCUCCGGGAGCAGGUGGCCCAGCUCAAGCAGAAGGUGAUGAACCACGUCAGCAGCGGGUGCCAACUUUUGCCAAACCAGGUCCAAGCUUACUAAUUCCACAAAUGCCUAACAAUGACUUUGGAGGCAUAUUUUGGUCAAUGCACUCUGCAGGUGAACUGAAAGGUUCAAAAGUUGUGAGUUGCAGCCCGCUGCUGUGCGACUCAAUGCAACCGGGUUGUUGGGAAACAGCCAUGUAGCAAAGUGCCAUGCAGCACCACCAAUGUACACUUGCAGGGCUGUCAAACUCAUAUCUGUCGUGAGCCAUAUUGUAGUCAUGGAUUCCCCUCACAUGGCUGUAAAAGACCAUUUACAGUAAAUGUAUAAUCGCCUCAUUGUAUUACAUGUAUGUAACAAACUCAUGCAUAAGUAGUUUGGAAAAUAGUUAGGCUAUUGCUCGAUUUACAGUGGUACCUUAAUUUACCAGUUGAAUUUGUUCCGUGCAAAGCUUUUUUUAAAAAAAUAUUUACUCUUAUAACAAAUCAAUUUUCCGCAAUGAAAUGAAUUGAAAUUCCAUUCAUCUGUUUCAGCCCCUACAAAACGUUUGUUUUAAUAGAGAAAAAUAGCACUGUAUUGUGGACGAAAAAGAAAAACAGGUUUUAUAACGUAAUAACUGAACGUACUGUACUGUAAUAUUCACUUGUUGGCUGGAGGACUUUCAGGGCUUUGGCCUAGUAAGUCACAUCAGGAGUCAGUUUGGAUGGUUCGUCUGAGUGUGAGCAUCUGUGCGCGAGUUGUGGCUUACAGCAGCUCCUUGCGAGUGUUCUCAUUUUGAAUUUGCGUUUGACCGUUUGUCCCGGCAACUGUGGCUCUCCUUGCUCAAAUGCGAGGGAAUUACAGUACAUAAAUUGCUCAAUUUCCCCCCCCCCACUUAACUCUUGUGCCGGUGUAUCUUAAUUUGCUUGUACCUCAAAUUUUGACAAAGCAAAAUAAAGAUCAGAUAAGCGACUUUCACUCCUAAGUUGGGGCACUUGUAAGUCAGGGUACCACUGUCUUUUAAAAAGGGCUUGGUUUGUAAUAAAUGCUUGGAAAAUCUGAACAUUAUUAAAAGUGAAGACAAUUUGCAAUUCCGGUACAGACUUUCCGCAAGAAACAUGAAGUAGGCGCACAUAAUUUGCUUCUUUGGGCCACAACAAAUGAUGUGGUGGGCUGAAUCUGGCCCCCGGGCUAUGAGUUUGACACCUGUGGUGUACAGGAUAGUAUUGAUGGACAAUCUCAACAGCCAAAUGGAAGGGUCUCACCAAGUGCUGCCAUCCACCUGUAUGUGUAUGUAUUUUUUUGUGGGUGUGUGUAUAUAUAUAUAUAUAUAUAUAUAUACAUACACACAAACACUGCCUUACUUGUUUACAAGCACUUAGCAAUGACAAAUAUAAUUUUUUUUCAUUUACUGAAGCAUUUAUUUACUUUUUGUUGUUUUGUUUUUCAAAAAUCAACACUGUAUGUGUUGUAGCAGUUGUGGGCGGUAAACCAUUGUAUUCCAUUGUAUUUUGCCUCCAUGGUGGCUGCUUAGUAGAGUUUAGGCGUCAAACUUCCAUGAAUGUACGUGUAUGUAUUGGGAAGACCCAUUUAUCUGUGUAUGACGGACUUUCAUCUCUCUACCUGACAUUUAUUCAAUUCACUACAUUACUACAGCUAAAGCUGUUUUUGCUUAUAUUGUAAAUAAUAAAAAGCCUUUUCUUACCA